ACAACAGCAGCGGUCAAAACCGAUCACGUUGAUGUCGCACAUUCAUCAGCACCAACUAUCGCUACAGCAACGUCAGCAAAACCACCAACGUCACCGAAAGCAUCACAUGUGAAGCCGCUGCAUCUGCCUGAAAGUCCCUGCCAAGCUCCAGGCCGUCCCAGCAUCCUCAAGAAUACAGAGUUGGGCCAGCACCAGCUCGACACCGAUAUAGAGCAUCAUCCAGCGGCAGUGACUGUUCCGACCGGCGGUGGUGCUGUAACUCCGUCUGCCCAUCCGGGUUCUGCUGUCAAUGGCGGCAUCGGUCACAGCAUUGCCAAACCUCGGCCCGUCUCGCCCGUAGCCAAGGAGACGACAGCGGAACUAUCUGAACAGUCGCCACAGCAGGCAUCUGCUACCGUAACAGACAAAACUAAGGUGAUUCCCUUGCCCCUAUCGCCGGAAACACGUCCGCACCUUGCGUCUACCCCUACAUCAACAAGGAAGUAUCCAGAUUCCCCCAACACCGAGGACAGGACGGCAACAGUACCCACAGUUGUGGAACCAGAGACGCGCCACCGUGGCGGCGGCGGCCACCCACAACCGAGCACCAGCACUCCCACCACUUCGGCACAGCCCGCAACUUCUACCGCCGCCGCCGCGGCGGCCACUGCGUCGGCGAAACCGCCCUCCUCGAAGGAGAUUGCCCAGAAGAUUCUAAAGGAGGCAGCCGCAAAGCACCACCAGCGGGUCUGUGGCGUCCAAUCCCCCUCCUCCGCCUCCUCUCAUCCCCGGAGUCGGACUCGGAGGAACGCCGCGAAUCGGGCCUUCCAGA